UUUUAGAAAUUUCAUUAUUCUUUUCUACCAAAAGAAUUUAAGCAACAUAAUAUUGUCAAUACCUAAUAAUUGACUUACAUAGUACUAUUAGAAUCUAAAAAUAAAAAACCUAAUAAUAAUUCAAAAAGGUGUGAGCACGCGCUGCUUUACGCGCUUGAUGAUUGCAGUGUCACAAGGCAAGCUGAAGAAAUCCCAACGCCGAUAGCCCGAUAAUGAAAAAUGGAAAGAGAGAGAGAGAUAUCAGAGAUGGAGCGCCCCACCUUUCAAAAGCAGUGUAGCCUAAAGAAGGAACAGACAUGGGACCCGCUUAAGAUGGACCCCAAAUGGGCCCUUCACUCUCUCUCGCUCAGUCGCUCGCCUCCCUUUCCCUUCCCUUCCCACUCGCUCACUCACUAAUCUUACAAAGCAAAGAAAUUCUCUUCCUCUCUCUCUCUUUCUCAGAAAAGCAAAAGCAAAAGCUAGUCUGCCAAUUCUUAAACCAUCACAACAACAAAAGCUUUUUUAGUUGCAGAGCUAAACCAAAAAAAAAAAAGAGUCUAGAGAGAGAAAGAGCAGAGAGAAAAAAAGAAAGAGAGCUCGGCCUCUAGUAGAAAAAAGAAUCUGUUAAUUUAGCAUUUGUUUUGGAAAUUUUGGAGGAAGAGAAAUUCAAGGCUGUGAACUGAUAGAAGGCAGAGGUCAAAGCUCUGUUUCUUCAAUCCUUUGAUUUUUCUCUGAAGUCCGUACAGGGUUGCUUUGCUUUAAGGUUAUUCCAUGUAAAGUUUCAAGAUUACCCGGAAUGGAAAGGGAUACAGAAUCAAAGUUGCUUCCUAGGAAAUUGCCUGCUGUAAGUUCAGUGUCAAAUAGUCAUAUGGUUUUCGGGAGAGAAGCAGGUCUUGUGCCGAAUUUGCAAGCUGUAUUGGUUAGCGAUGAAGUGGGUCCAUCUAUUGUGGGAAACUCCCAAGAUUCUGAGCCUGCUCAACCGGUAAGGACGUGGAAAGGGAAAGACUCUUUGCUUGAACAGGAAGAAAUCAUGCCUGAUGUUCUUACAUUGAAGGGCAGUAGUGAUUCAUUGGAGGAAGGUGGACCUAGUUCUUUUUCUGGAGUUAGUCACCCUCCAGAACCUGUUGACACGGAUCUAAUGAGACCCAUGUAUGUACCAAUCGGUCAGAAGAAAUCUGAUCCUGGGUGUUUGAUGAAGAGCAUGUCAGUGAAGGGACCUUUUCUAGAAGAUCUUUCAAUUAGGGUUCCUCCUAAGAAACCAAGUCCUGCUGUUCUUUCGCCAGCAGAAAGUUUGGUUGAAGAGCCCAAUGAUUUAGGUGCAUUGUCCUCUCCAUUUUCAGUUCCACGUGCAUCACAAAAUACGGAUAACUCUCUCCUUCCUCCAGAUUCAGAUGAGAAAGAAUGUGUUUGGGAUGCCUCUCUGCCUCCAAGUGGAAAUGUAAGUCCACAUAGCAGCAUCGACAGUGCUGGUGUCGUCACUGCUAUGAGCAUUGUCAAUAGCUGUGCCAGUACAUAUAGGAGUGAUGUAGUUACAAGUGAUGGCAUGAUUAGCGUGGAGAGGAACUGUGAGAGUACAAAAGGAAGUGUCAGAGCAGAUUCACUUGAGAGUGCAAAGACUAGUGUUAGCCGAGCAAGUGAUAGCAGUGGCCUUAGUGAUGAGAGUAACUGGAGCAACAUUACUGGAAGUGCUAAUAAACCGCAUAAAGGAAAUGAUCCAAGGUGGAAGGCCAUCCUUGCUAUCCGGGCUCGAGAUGGAAUUUUGGGCAUGAGUCAUUUUAGAUUGCUUAAACGGCUUGGUUGUGGCGAUAUUGGCAGUGUAUAUCUCUCAGAGCUGAGUGGUACUCGAUGCUAUUUUGCAAUGAAAGUAAUGGACAAGGCAUCCCUUGCAAGUCGUAAAAAGUUGACUAGGGCUCAGACGGAAAGGGAGAUUCUGCAGCUGCUGGACCAUCCAUUUCUGCCCACUCUGUAUACGCAUUUUGAAACUGACAGAUUCUCAUGUCUAGUCAUGGAAUAUUGUCCUGGUGGUGAUCUACACACUUUGAGGCAGCGGCAACCAGGAAAGCAUUUCUCUGAAUAUGCUGCAAGAUUUUAUGCUGCAGAGGUUCUUUUAGCGGUUGAGUAUCUCCACAUGCUUGGUGUUGUCUAUAGGGAUUUGAAACCAGAAAAUGUUCUAGUUCGUGAUGAUGGCCACAUAAUGCUUUCAGACUUUGAUCUUUCCUUAAGAUGUGCGGUUUCUCCCACACUGAUAAAAACCUCAGCAUGUGAUUCUGAUCCUUCAAAACGUGGAACUGGUGGUGCAUUCUGUGUUCAACCUGCCUGUAUUGAGCCUACAUCAGUUUGCAUCCAGCCUGCCUGCUUUAUACCAAGGAUAUUCCCUCAAAAGAACAAGAAGAAAACCCGAAAACCUCGAGUUGAGUUUGGGUUGCCUUCUAGUACCCUCCCGGAGCUUGUUGCGGAGCCUACUGCAGCCCGGUCUAUGUCCUUUGUUGGAACCCAUGAAUACCUUGCACCUGAAAUAAUCAAAGGAGAAGGGCAUGGAAGUGCUGUUGAUUGGUGGACCUUUGGAAUUUUCUUGCAUGAACUGCUGUAUGGUAAAACCCCCUUUAAAGGCUCGGGAAACCGUGCUACACUGUUCAACGUUGUGGGGCAACAACUGAAAUUCCCAGAUUCGCCAGCAACCACUUAUGCUAGCCGUGAUUUAAUCCGGGGUUUGCUGGUGAAGGAGCCACAACACCGGCUUGGGGUGAAGAGGGGUGCAACUGAGAUCAAGCAACACCCUUUCUUUGAAGGUGUAAAUUGGGCUCUAAUACGAUGCAGCACCCCACCUGAGGUGCCAAGACCCAUGGAGUGUGAGUUGCCUGGGAUGCCUGGAAAAUUUGGGCCAGCAGAGCCAGUGGGGGUUGGUGGCAGCAGUAAAAGGAUGGUAGGGACAGGGACAGACAUGAAAUCUGGGGGUAAAUAUCUGGAUUUUGAGUUCUUCUAGUUUUUCAAUUAGGGGAUGCAAUGUUGUAUCAGUAUCAUUAGUCAAGCUUUCCAAGAGUUUGCUGAUAGUACUUUGUUCUGAUGAUAUACUUCAGAUCACUACCUCAUCAAAAAAAAAUUCAUGUUAAUUGAAAAAAAAAAAAAAACCAAUGGCUUCAUUUUUAAAAAUAUGCUGCCUUUUUACCCAUCAACUCUCAGCUUCAGUUGAUGUGAGAAACAAUAUUAGAUAAUUCAGACCGACUAUUUACAUAGCACAAAUUCUUGUCAUUUUUUUUGGUCUGAAUUCUGAAAUUGCUCCCAGUUGUCUUAAUUAUAUGGAUGUUAAAGAAUGAUACCAUUCAUGGUUGCGUAGAUGAAGAAACACACCUUACCGAUGGUUCCCUUCCUGCGAUUUACCCUGGAGUUUGUGCAGAAAAAACAUGAAUUUGGUUUUUGAGGGGUGUUAUUUCGAAUGAAUCUUGAUGUACCACUGAUGCUGAAGAUUCGAGUAUCGCCAUCAUUUCAGGUCUUUGGCAGCAGAAAAAGAAACAUUAGUCGAUGUUCUUUUUGUUGUCGCAUCACUACUUUUUUGGCAGACUGGUUUUUUUUUUUAUCAUUACCUAAUUUCCUUUUAGCGUAAACGUGGGAUUGUUAUUGUAAUUUCAUUUGGAGAGGGUGGUGUUUUUACCAUUAUAACCACAUCAUAGUUCUCUUCAAUAUCUUGCGCAUUUGAAGCAGGCAAGAGCUGUAUGACUUUUCAGGCUGUAAUGGCUACAUGGGUGGCCCAUAUACAUAGAUCCAGAACUAAAGAGGGGUCCAAUGCAAUAAUGCAGAGAUAGAUCAUACAUAGUCCAUAUGUUGACAAAGCCUAAGCCUCUGUCCAACCUGAAGGAAGGACUGGCAUUGUCAGGAAAAAUUGAACUUUUCCUUUCAAAGCCAAAAUCUUUGGAUCUCUUCUCCACUCUUCCCCGGUUGGAUUCUCACCAUAUGCUUCCAUCUUUUACCUUUAUCAUCUACUCCUAUAACCUAACGUCUUGUCCUCUUUAUAAAAAAUAAUUGGCUCUUUGAAAGCAAACAAAAUAACCCACAAUCAAAAUUUCAGCCAAGCUACAGCUGAACUCGUAUGUGUAAGAUUUCUAUCAGUCUAUUGGUUAAAAAAGAGUUGCAGUUAGACAAAAUAAGGAACAAUAUUACCCUUCUACAGACAGGCUAGUAACAUAACAAACGACGUAAGAAAUUUAAGAAAACCAUCUAUAAUUUGCAGCUUUUAAAAUUUAAUGUGAGUGAAGAUCCU